CUUGUAGUAGGAGUAAACUAACCUCGACUGGAAGGCGUAUGGUAUAACAGCAUAUUACGGAAUUAACUAGAGCGGGAACAAUGAGUUACUAUUGCUACUUCACAAAUUGAAUUAGAAACCGUAAAAUAAUUAAGACGUGAGUGAUAAAAGCGCCGUACGGAACGUUAAGUGUCAAGUAUAGCUUACGCUCUUACGUUACUUGUCAUAAAUUAAUGGACUGAUUUAAGGUUGGGAUUCGAGAGCGAUUAUGUGUGAGGAUAAAGAAUAAACUAAAUGUUAACACGCUGUUAUAAGAGUAAUAAAAUUUGGAUCAGGUUGUUUGAUAACGAAUAUGAUAAAGUUCAAAAGUGGAUAUUGUUGAAUUUGAAAUGGACCAUGUAUUAAAGUAAAUGGUAUAUCUUGAUGAUAUCAAUUAUCCUUUAGGCGAAUUACAUCGGAGAAAUAAACUAUAUCAAUUAUCUGAAAAUUACAUUAACGUUUACGGUGUCUCACAAAAAACAACACUCUUUGUUAUGAAAGACAUCGGUCAUAAGUCGGAUAAAUUACAAAUAAAAGUUUUCAAAUACGGUUUCAACUAACUUAACAAGCAUGUGUAUCAUGUAAAUAUUUCAGUAAAGGUCUAUACUUACCAAACUGAGGUGUAAAAUAUCAUGAUACUUUAAAGAAAUCAUACUCGUGUAAAAAUCGAAACGGAUAUGAAGGUAAUGUAUCUGACCUCAUGAAUUAGAUUAUAUUACUUAACUUUUUACAUACGAAAAAUCCUUAAUACCUCAUACUGCGUUCGAAAGUUUGUUCAUUUCAAGGGUUUGUGAUUUCAAACAAGACGUGAGGACAUGUUUAAGUUAUUACUGGUGUUUAUGCUGUGUGGAGUAUUCAGCACAGCAGAUACUCAAAAAACGGAAGUAACAACUACAGAAAGUAGCGGACUGACUUUAGGUUCACUGGAGCUGCCGGCGGAUAUAUCGAAACUUGCCCGAUGCCAGGCCCGGUGUUAUAAUGAGUUUGGCCGAAAGCAGAGCAUGGAAGACAUAAGGAAGUAUGAUGAUGUUAGACAGUCGUUUUGUGAUACUACAGAAUGCUCUGAGUGUCUUCUGCCAUGCGACAGCUCUAUAAAACAUACAGAUCAAUGCACUGAUAGUUGCUCAAGUGACCAAUGCAAAAACAGUUGUCAUGAGCUGCUGUCUUAUCAAACAGAACUUAAACAGGAUUUAUCCUCAACGUCUUCAAUAAAAGCAAUAUCAACGCCCGUCAUUCUUUGUAAGAACGUGGCAUAUAAGAGUGAUUGUAAGACUCCCCAGGUAGCUGUCUACCUAAAAUGGAAAGAUACUAUUACACAUUCAGUAAGCCAUCCACUGUAUGUUGUUAGAAGUCGACAGCUGUACGUCAAUGGUACAGCCUCCGACUGGAGACUUCAGAAACUGGCGGCAGUCCCUUUUGUUGAGGCGUCAAAUCUGUACUGUGACAGACAAUACCAGUUCCAAAUAACAACUUUUUUACCAACUGGUCAAUACGGUCGCCCAGAGGUGUCCAAAUGGACAUCUACUCCACAUAAUUAUACUGACCCUGUCACGCCCCUUUCCAUCCAUAUUGACAAUGUCACGGUACUCAACCAACGGCCCAGCCUCACUGUGUCCUGGGAUGGCGGUAAAGACGCAUCUUGUUACUACAUUCUAUGGUAUCUUGGCAACACCCAAAAGCUGGAGGAAUUCAAGGUACCAAAACAAUUCAGUCACCAAAUAACUGACUUGGACUAUGCCACCAAUUAUUCAAUUCAAUUGACAAGCUACGACGAAACAUUUAAAGACAGCAGCCCUCAAAAAAGGGUCAUUUAUCACGUGACCCCGGAUUGCUUGAAAGUAACAAAUUACAACCACACCAUUUGUGCCCCAUUGCAACCUAUGGAUCUAAAGGUUGUCGUAACAACACCUGAUCACGAGGAUAAAGGCGUUCAUUCAGUUAACGUAACCCUGACUUGGAAUCCACCAUUGCAUACACAUAACGGAAGUGAUGUCACGAGAUACGAGCUAGUAUACAGCAAGAAACCUCCAAACGUACCACAUUUGGUACAACCUGACCACGGGACUAAAUCUAUAGAGGCCCAUCAAAGACAUUUCAACCUUUCCAAUCUUCACAACCAUAACUUGUAUAGUUUCAAGCUCUAUGCAGAAACAAAAGGUGGUCGAGGGGAAGCUGCUGAAAUCGAGAGAUUUAUCGGUUUGACUGCUUUUGAGGUUAAUGACGUCAUACAAACCAGACCCACUCCCGAAGAAGUAACAUCACACAACCUUAAUGCCGUGGAGCUGCUAGCUGUGGUUUUAGUGCCAAUCGCUCUAUUCUUUGUUCUGAUUUUUGUCGUCUUCUUCGUGUUUUUGAGAAAGAGAAGAAAACUUCAAAACUACACUACGUCUCCAAGACGCUUUGGGCCGGUAGAGGAGCUAAAUCCAAUUUACGACGGUGCUUCUGUGCAUAUAAACAAGGAGAGAAAGGAACAGUUUAAUGCAGACGGUUACGAGAUAGAUUACGCAUGCCUGGACUUCAUAUCUGUUGUUGGCGAAGGGGCUUUUGGAAAGGUAGUUAAGGCCGAAUAUUACCCUAACCCAGGUGAUAGGGAUGCCAAGACGGGGAAAAUUGUGGCUGUGAAGAUGCUUCGAGAUUUUUACACGGGUGAUGAAUCUCGCAGCUUUGUACUAGAGAUUCAAGCAAUGAAAAAUCUCGGCCACCAUCCUUACAUUGUAAGCAUUAUCGGAUGUUGCCUUACGGGCCCAAAGCUGUGUCUGGUCAUGGACUUUUGUUCGCUCGGGGACCUUCGUAAUUAUCUCCGAAAAUACAGGGAAAAGCUAAUGUACACUGUAUCUUCGCCGUAUGGUAUGAUGUCAAAAGCCCAGAAGUGCUACUUACCAGAUCAACUCUUUGGUGAAAAAGAAAAAUGUAACAGUUCAUCAAGUAAUAAUUCAGCAGACGCAGAUGAAAUGUCGGAUGUGUCCGAAGCUCAACUGCUGUCAUAUGCUCGGCAAAUCACUAUGGGAAUGGAGUUUUUAGAGGAACGAAAGUUCGUUCACAGAGAUUUGGCAGCCAGAAACAUUUUACUACUUGAUCAGAGACAUAUCAAAAUAUCUGACUUUGGGCUUACACGAGAUGUUUACGAAACAAAUGUCUACCAGCCAACUUCUGCCAGAAAGUUGCCUUAUAAAUGGAUGGCCAUUGAAUCCUUGUUCAGUCAACGCUUCACUAUAAAAAGUGAUGUAUGGUCUUUCGGCAUAGUACUCUGGGAGAUUGUGACGCUGGGUGGUUCUCCCUACCCCAGUAUACCUCUCAAAGACCUGUAUGGCCUACUGAACGACGGAUACCGUAUGGAGAAACCAGAGAAUUGUAGCACAAAAGUGUAUCAAAUCAUGCUGUCCUGUUGGCAUCCUAACCCCCACAGCCGUCCUACUUUUUCACAACUCAGACAAGAACUUGAAAAACUCUUAGAGGAGACUAGAUCCUACAUUGACCUUUCUGUAGAAGUCAGCGAGGAUUAUUUUAAUGAAUCUACAAAUGAAUCAAAUUUGGCAUGCAGUACAUCAGAGGAUAACUUGGGAGACCAUCAUUUAGCUUCACCUACCUGUAGUCACGAGUAUUUAGAGUCAACAAAGUUGUUUGUGGAUGUCCAUGAAACCAAUGAAAAUACGGAUACUUUAGACGAGAAGGCAGACACGGAAGUUGAAAUGUCUGAGUCUCACAGACUCCUGCCUUAUAGCGAAGAACAAAAUAAUGGUGAGGCUAGAAAACCCAAUCGAAAUAGUUACUGUGAAAUGGCAUUAACACAACCUGACAAUAAAACAAAAUAUGAACUGAAGGAUGAAGCUUGCAACCAACCUUGUGACAAUUGCAGCACAAAAAUGAAAUUAACAAAGUCGUACAGUUGUCCGCCUAAAGACAAUGGACAAAUUAAGACAUCUCUGAAAGAUAGUCUACGAAAUGUGAUUGCAAACGUAGGGAAGAUGAACUAUACUGGAUCGCCAAAACCGCUCUCGAAAAAAAUUCACAGUACCAAAAAGUGUGUCAGUUUAUCUGACAUGACGGAUUUAAAGGACGUUAAAACAACGGCGUUAUAAUAACGUGUAAGACACAGCAUGCAUGUACAAAUACUUGUUUGUGUUCAGUUACUCCCGGACGCUAAGAAAUAUUGAAACUCUAAGUUUUCUCUUUGGUAUGGUUCUUGUACCCUGUUAAAUCGAUCAUGUAAGACAGAUAAAUAUGUGCCGUUACAGGAGUUGUGCCACAGUUUCACUUUAAAAUGUAUGUCACCAGAAUGGCAAACACAUAUGUACACAUCUGUAAACGUUUAAGCAUUCGAAUGACAAAAUGAAAUAGUAUUCCAAAAUGUACCAUUCCGUGUCAAUUACUGCACAUUGUAUCACCUGCUUUGUUUGGUUUAUUUCAAUGUGUUACGUUUUUAUGCCAUACAAUGACAUUUUGAAAAGUCUGAUGUAGCUCGUCUGUUUUUCGAGGGAUUGUGAUAUUCUUGGUGUCGUUGUCCGCGUCGGUGUCUUCUGCGCCAUCGUUGUGCAAAAGAUCACACUUUUAACUUAACUUAACCAAAACAUUUAAUGGUCAAAUGAUAGUUGUCAGAGACAACUUUUUAUUUUCAAUUAGUGGGCGUUUAUGUGUAAUUUUGUAAUAUGAACAAAUAUUGUAUUAACAAAUUACUUUCAUGUAAUUUUAAUAUUUUUAAAAAAUGUAUAUCAAAUUCACUUUACCUUAACUUUAAUGUAUUCAGAUGCUGUUUGUGGGAAUUAAAGAAAUGUGAUUAACUUUCUCAAUUCUGUCGCUUAUAAUGGUAGUAGUCAUCCAUUACAUUCUAAAGAUAGUUCUUAUAUUAUCGUAUUACAUUUUUCAUGAUAAUGCUCAAUGUUUUGUCUGCAUAUAUUCAUCUCUAACAUUUAUUGCAUGAACUAUUUCUUGCACGAAAGCAAUGCAUUGCAAACUUUUAUUGUAAUUUUGCAAUGAUUGAAAUGUUGCACUUCUUCGAGUAACGCCCAGGUCAUGAAUUUAAAAGGUUGCUAAAAGUUAAAUUUAACGCUGAUUUCCUAGCAUUAUAGAUGACUUCGUGAAUAUAAAUUCAAACAAAAUUCACCCAAUUUGGACCUCGUGCAAAAAAUAAAAAUAAAAUCGACGGAUUCAAUUUCAUUCAACUUGUUUAUAUCAUGAGUGCAUUUUAUGUCCUUGUCUGUUGAAAUCAUUGUGAUAUUUUAUGUUAACUUUGUUAGGGUCUAAUCUUAUUGUGUGUAACAAUAGCGAUGAAGAAUGUUUUGCUUGUCAUUACAUGUCGCCACAUAAUAAAGAAAAUUUAUAUAAUCUUAUCGCUUGUUGAAGAAAUCUAGAAUGAAAUUCUAGCAUACCGGCUAAGCAAGUUAUAUGGGGGUUAAAAGAGCUGUACACACAAACGAGUCAUUGAAUAGUCAUGUUAACACACUAUCGAACUUUACUGUGCAGGCCAUCAGUUUGUAGAUUAACAAAUACAUAUUUAAUAAAACAAUGAACAAUACCGAACAGACACCAACCAGAAUAAAAAAAACGCACAAGACAAAAGGCCAUCCAUUGUGCGGAUGAAUAUUUCGUAUAUUAUUUCUCUUUCCAUCAUGUUUUAACCAUACCAAUUAUG